AUGUGGCACAAGCGAUGGGCGUGGCCUGGGCCACCCCACAAUGCACCGCGAGCCACUGUUUGUCACGCGGUGGAAAGGCCUCAAGAGCGUAUAAAUACCGUGUUCGGCGGUGUGCCGAGCAUCAUUGGUCGCUCAGUCAACCACCGAACACCCAACAUGUACAAGUUCAUCGUCCUCGCCGUCGUCGUGGCCGUGGCUAAGGCCGGCUACCUGGGCGCCCCCGCCGUGGCUGCCUACGGCGCACCCGCCUACGGCUACGGUGGCUACGCCGCCCCCGCCUACGGCUACGCUGGCUCCGCCUACGGCUACGGCGGCUACGCCUCUCCCGCCAUCACCUCCCAGCACUCCAACAUCCUGAGGUCGCCCGGCAACCUGGGACAGGUGUCCACCUACUCCAAGACCAUCGACACGCCCUACUCCAGCGUCUCCAAGUCCGACGUGCGCGUCAGCAACCCCGGUGUGGCCUACGGCGCUGCCUACCACGCGCCCGCCUACGGAGCGUACGCCGCCCCCGCCGUUCACGGAGCGUACGCCGCCCCCGCCUACGCUUCCUACGCCGCCCCCGCCUACGCCCAGGCCUACGCCGCCCCCGCAGCCUACGCCGCCCACGGUCUGGCUUACUCUCCCGCCGCCGUCGCUUCUCACGUGUCUUUCUCCGGUCUUGGAGCUUACUACGCCGAGCCAGCACUCGUCCUGUGGAUCCACAACAAGACGUCUGCCGGCCUGCUUCUUCCCGUCGCCAUGGCCAAGUGUAUCAUCCUUGCUGUCAUCUUAACAACGGUCAACGGUGGAUUCCUGAAUGCACCGGCAUCAGUUUCGUACUAUUCAUCUGGACUGGCUUCACCAGCUGGCAUCUCUUAUGGCUCCCCUGCUGCCUUGGCCGGCCCAGCUGCCAUCACCUCGUCGCACUCCAACAUCCUGAGGACGCCCGGCAACCUGGGACAGGUGUCCACCUACUCCAAGACCAUCGACACGCCCUACUCCAGCGUCUCCAAGUCCGACGUGCGCGUCAGCAACCCCGGUGUGGCUUACUCAGCUGCUGCUGCCCCAGCAAUAGCUUCGUAUGCUGCCCCUGCAUACAGCAGCAGUUACUAUGGUUCAGCAGCAUACUCUCGUGGAUACGGUUUGGCAGCAGUAGCCGCACCUGCCUCCGUUUCUUACUCUUCUUCCUUGGCCGCACCUGCCUCCGUAUCUUACUCCACUUUGGCAGCACCAGCUGCUGUGUCUUACUCUUCUUUGGCAGCUCCUGCUGCCUUGGCCUCUCCUGCUGCCAUCACCUCGUCGCACUCCAACAUCCUGAGGACCCCCGGCAAUCUCGGACAGGUGUCCACCUACUCCAAGACUAUCGACACUCCUUACUCCAGUGUCUCCAAGUCUGAUGUGCGUGUCAGCAACCCCGGUGUGGCUUACUCAGUUGCUGCUGUCCCAGCAAUAGCUUCGUAUGCUGCCCCUGCAUACAGCAGCAGUUACUAUGGUUCAGCUGCAUACUCUCGUAGAUACGGUUUGGCAGCAGUAGCCGCACCUGCCUCCGUUUCCUACUCUUCUUCCUUGGCCGCACCUGCCUCCGUAUCUUACUCCUCUUUGGCAGCACCAGCUGCUGUGUCUUACUCUUCUUUGGCAGCUCCUGCUGCCUUGGCCUCUCCCGCUGCCGUCACAUCAUCACACUCCAACAUCUUGAGGUCUCCUGGCAACUUGAGACAGAUAUCCACCUUCUCCAAGACCAUCGACACACCCUACUCCAGUGUCUCCAAGUCUGAUGUGCGUGUAAGCAACCCCGGGGUGGCUUACUCAGCUGCUGCCCCAGCAAUAGCGUCGUAUGCUGCCCCUGCAUACAGCAGCAGUUACUAUGGUUCAGCUGCAUACUCUCGUGGAUACGGUUUGGCAGCAGUAGCCGCACCUGCCUCCGUUUCUUACUCUUCUUCCUUGGCCGCACCUGCCUCCGUAUCUUACUCUUCUUUGGCUGCUCCUGCUGCCUUGACCUCUCCUGCUGCCAUCACCUCGUCGCACUCCAAUAUCUUGAGGACCCCCGGCAAUCUCGGACAGGUGUCCACCUACUCCAAGACCAUCGACACUCCUUACUCCAGCGUCUCCAAGUCUGAUGUGCGUGUCAGCAACCCUGGUGUGGCUUACUCUGCUGCUGCUGCCUACCCAGCAAUAGCUUCAUAUGCCGCCCCUGCAUACAGCAGCAGUUAUUAUGGUUCAGCUGCAUACUCUCGUGGAUACGGUUUGGCAGCAGUAGCCGCACCUGCCUCCGUUUCUUACUCUUCUUCCUUGGCCGCACCUGCCUCCGUAUCUUACUCCUCUUUGGCAGCACCAGCUGCCGUCACCUCGUCGCACUCCAACAUCCUGAGGACGCCCGGCAACCUGGGACAGGUGUCCACCUACUCCAAGACCAUCGACACGCCCUACUCCAGCGUCUCCAAGUCCGACGUGAGAGUUAGCAACUCCGCUUUGGCUUAUGGUUCUUACGGAGCUGUUUCUGCUCCAGCCUACGCGACCAGCUCGUACGGAUUCCCAUCCUAUGCUCGAGCAUAUGCUUCGCCCACCGCAUACGGUCCUGGGAGUGUUGCGUCACAUGUGUCAUUUUCUGGUCUAGGAGCCUACUACAACUGGUAAACACUGAUAUUUUUAUUGAUGUUUAAAGCAUAAUCACACAAAUGAUAUUAUCAUCACUUUUUGUGUAUGUAUUUAUGUAAAUAUUUAUUACUGUCAAUAAAAUUUAUGAAACUCGAAAAAGUUAUUUAAAAUUUAGCUUUCAACUUGUUUAAUUUAUAUUAUAUUUUAUUAUAAUGUUUCGCUUUAACAAACAGUGAUACCCAUUAUGCCAGUACGGUGUUUUGUGUUGUUUCUCUGUAUGUUAUUUAAUAAAAUAUAAA